AUGGAGAACGACGCGGAUGGAAAUCGAGUGGAGAAGACGCGGUUCACGCCGCGAUGGGACGGCGACGCGAGCUGCGAGGAUUGGUUGAACUUGAAGUAUCCGGGUAAGCACCAUCGGUUUUGUCAUCAGCUGGACACGGCGACGAGCGGAGUGGUGCUCACGGCGCACACGCGAGAAGCCGCGGGGAACGCGGCGAAAUUGUUUCGCGAUCGCCUGGCGAAGAAGAAGUAUUUAGCCGUCGUCUUCGGUUGGCCGAAGGAGGACGAAUGGACGGUGAACGCGAAACUCGGGAAAGAUCCGACGGACGUGAAGGGAUUUCGCGAACGCGUGGACGAAGAAAACGGAAAGGCGAGCGAGACGAGCUUUAAAGUGUUGCAACGCGGCUACUGCACGCUCGACGGCGCCAAUCGCGGCGUCGAGGUGAGUCGCUUGGAGUGCAGGCCCGUCACCGGUCGGCGACACCAGAUUCGUUUGCACUUGAUGCAUUCGGGGCAUCCAAUUUUGGGCGAUAUGGCGUACUCUGACGAUACCGAUUCGUAUAGGAUGUUCUUACACGCCCUCGAGCUCGUCAUGCCGUUUGAGGAGGAGACGUUGACAUUCGCGACGGAGCCGCCGGAAUCGUUCAACGACGUGAUGUCCGCCGAGCGGACGCACUAG